AUGGUGAUAUGGCAUUUGGUCAGAUCCGGUCGUGUCUUCCCAAAAAUUCAUCUGGACCACCAAAUUCGAAUUGAGGAUUUUGCAAAGGAUCGAAGGACACAUUCAACCUACGAAUUCACGACCGUAUGCAUAAAUACUGCGAUCUACCUCCCAUGGCUUUUGUCCAAGUGUCUGGGUAAUGGCGUCGCCUUCAAAAGAGCAGUAGUUGAGCACGUUACCGAUGCUGCAUGCCUUCACGAGAACCCAGGACACGUAGGACAGGUGGUAGUUGUUCGUAAUGACCCAGGGGUCAUGACCACCGUCUCGAACACAACGUCUGGACAAAACGCGAUGGUGUACAUGAUGUGCCGUCCUGGAGGCAAGUCCUUUGAAUAUACUCCGACCUCAGUGGAGAGAAAAAUUGACACACGACAUACAGGAGGGGGAUCAAUCCUCGGAGGUUGUUACCAGGUCAACAAUUGGGAAGAGUCCCCAGACACAGACCUUGCCGAAAAUAUCAAGAGAGGCUGUGUGACUCUGUAUCCAGCAUUGACGCAGGGGCAAGGUGUGGAUGAGCUGAGCAUCAUUCGCCAUGGUGUGGGCUUCCGUCCCUUGCGUCCUCAAGGCGUGCGUAUCGAAACUGAAUAUAUCAGGGGGAUACCAGUCGUUCAUAAUUAUGGCCAUGGAGGCUGGGGAUAUCAAUCGUCGUACGGAUGUACAUCUGCAUCUCAAAAUGCGAAGUUUUUGAAUCUGUGUAAGGGCCUUUUGCUCUUCUCACUCUUCCUUACAAAGAAAAGGAAAUCGUUUAUCAAAGGUAACUAG